CCAGAUGACAGUCGAUGCAGUCUGAGAUGAAAACUCAUUUAGUUUAACAGUAAAUCAAAAUGAAUGUGAAAGAUGAAUAUGACAAGCAGUUUUUAAACCAAUAUCAGACGUUGUUUAUGUCUGAUAAACUGAGAAAUGGCACACCAGCAGAGAAAGCUGACAUAUAUCGCAGUCUCAUGGGACAACUUCAACUUGCACAGAGGCAUGGGAGGCUUCCCAGUGACAGCCAUGAACUUCUUAGAAAAGAGUAUUGGAAACCAUAUACAGCCAUCGUGGAUACACAUAACACAGAACAAGGCUUAAACAACUUUGCUGAGGGGGCAUUAUCAAUCUGCAGUAAAUACAGAAAUGAAAGCCAGAAAUGGAGGAGUUCUCUGUCCCUGGAGAAAAUCAAAGAAAUGGACUGUUACAAGACAUACCUAGCCAAUGUCAAGGCUAAGAAUGAGCAGUUACUGCCAGAGAGCAAGCAGUCACAGGUCAUAAUAAAGUCUAAGAACUCGAUCAUAGAUUCUAGUGCUGUGGCUUCCCUAAAAAAUCAGGGAAGGUCGACAUUGUCCAUGUCCAGUGGAGGUGGACAAGGAUCCAAUGGAGUCUUAAGCAGUGUUUCUAAUAGCAGCCACAGUACCACAGAGAGCUGGAAAGGACAUCAUUCUACAACUAAUAAAAAUACAGAGGGGCACAGAGUGCACAAUCAGGUGAAUGGAAACUUUUAUCAAGCCCAGGGCAGACCUGAUACUUCUAGCAGUAGUUCAUUGUCAGUAGGGAUUGCCAGAGGUCAGACCACUCAAGACAAUGUCAAAAUGUUUGGAAACAGUACUAGACAGUUUGCGAACAGAAAACCGCUGUUCGGAAAUGGGGGGAAGAUGUACGGAGAGAGAGAAAAUACCCAGCCUCUUGGAAGACAAUUUGGAGAAGAGAGGCCAUUCCAGAACAGAAACAUGAGAGAGGAGGCUGUCUCCCUGAAGAGGCCAUUUAUGGAAGAUGAGGAUGAAAGAUAUGGUGGUGUGGAACAAAACAAUCUACCUAAUUUUUCUGGCCCUUUUAGAACAGCCAAAGAACAACUAAAUAUUGAUAACCAGAAAAAAUAUGGCAGAGGGCGUGGUCAGGUAUCCACUGCUUCCUACGGGGCCACCAAAAAGUCUCUAGGACCUAGACGAGGCACAAGCAGUAAAUUUGUUCCUCCAGUGAUGAACAGAGAAGAAAAUGAAGAGAAUGAGGAUGUUGGAAUAAAGGCCAUCACGAGAUCUGUCCUUGGUAAGAACGGAGAGAAGAAUGAAGAAGUGACAGAUGAACGACUGAAAGGAAUAGAGCCCAAAAUGAUAGAACUUAUUAUGAAUGAGAUAAUGGAUAAUGGCCCACAGCUGUCCUGGGAUGAUGUAGCUGGCCUGGAGUUUGCCAAGAAGACCAUCAAAGAAAUUGUGGUGUGGCCAAUGUUAAGACCUGAUAUUUUUACUGGUCUUAGAGGUCCACCAAAGGGUCUGUUAUUAUUUGGGCCACCUGGCACUGGCAAAACUCUGAUAGGUAAAUGUAUUGCAAGUCAGUCCAAAUCUACAUUCUUCAGCAUCAGUGCCUCCUCCUUGACCUCUAAAUGGGUAGGAGAGGGGGAGAAGAUGGUGCGAGCGAUGUUUGCUGUGGCGCGCUGUCACCAGCCAGCUGUUGUGUUCAUUGAUGAAGUGGAUUCCCUGUUGUCUCAGAGGUCGGACGGUGAACACGAGGCCUCCCGCAGAAUCAAAACAGAGUUCCUGAUACAACUGGAUGGAGCUGCCACGCUGUCUGAUGAAAGAAUUCUAGUCAUAGGAGCUACCAACAGGCCCCAGGAAAUAGAUGAAGCUGCAAGACGAAGAUUUGUGAAGAGACUUUACAUCCCCCUUCCAGAAGGUGAAGCUCGUAAACAGAUUGUCCUGAAUCUUCUCUCCCAGCAGAAAUAUCAGCUGACAGCGGCUGAGUUAGAUGCCAUUCAACAGCAGUCUGAAGGAUACUCGGGGUCAGAUAUGUCCUAUCUAUGUAAGGAGGCAGCUCUGGGUCCCAUCAGAUCCAUGGCAUUUGGGGACAUUGAAAACAUUACUGCGGAGCAGGUUCGACCUAUUCUGUAUGAAGAUUUUGAAGCAGCCUUUCAUCAGGUUAGAGCCAGUGUUUCUGAAAAAGACUUGGAUCUGUAUCUGGAAUGGGAUAAGACAUUUGGAAGUACCAGUAAUCGAAAGCCCGUAGUAAAUAUGGCAUUACUUAAAAUUUUUCAGAAUCGUAAAAUAGGAAGAAAUUCUGGACUCUUCGGCAAAUAUUCAGAAAGAGGAAAAGAAUGGAAGCCCCCUAAUUUUGAUCCCUCUCUGAUUCGGCUGCUGAUUUACAGCGAGGUGGACGGAAAUCGCAUCAUUCUGUUUGACUCCAGCUCUGUUGUCAGGUGGGAGGAUAAGCAGCAGCAGAAUCCAAGGUGCCAAAAAGGUGCAAAAUGCAGAAGGAAAAACCCAGUGAAUGCAAGUCCCACUACCACAGGGGAGAUAACCUGUCAACGCUAUCAGCCAAAGUACCAGCUUACAAAACCUUGCUCUGACUGUAAGACAUUGGAGGAGGUGGUGUUUGGUAGUGUUGGAAUGGCACAGAAGGGGAGCUCACUCAAAGUGCAUUUUUUGUGGUCACGGAUGUUGCUGACAAAAGUCUUCAUUCCGACAGCCCCCAAACAAGAGUCCUUUAACAGUGACCUUGAUUUUAAUCAGAGCUCCCCAAGUCAAGGGGAUCAAUCCAGCCCAAAGCUUAUUUAUCACCCAGAGAAAUCUCCCAGUAUUGCUCAGAGUAUCCCGGUUGAUGUGCCCUCCUCACGAGACAGAAUUGCCACCUUUGAUAUUUAUGACCGAGACAGUGGCCUAGCUUCAUUGACCUCUAGUGGGAGUUUCCAGACUCCAUUCCCAUCCCCUAGUAGUAAUGCUAGUAGUUACAGCAGUCUACACCGAAGGUGGAUGAGAAGUGUCCACACAUCCAUUGAGGGGUGCAUCAAGAAACGCAACUCCCACGACAAUCUUGUCGCUCAAGAUACCUCGUUAGGCCCUCAACCAGGAUGUAGAAAAAGAAGAAGUAAGCUCGCGUUGGGCAUUGUGUUUGGCGGUGAUGAGCAAAAGAAUCAGGACGACAACCUGUUAUUCCAGAAUUUUUUCUUCUCCCAUAUAACACUGAUAGAGGGGCACCUUGAAAGAUUAAAAAUGGAGGUUGAAAAAGCAUACAGCACUAAACAAAAGUUUGUGGAUAUUGUCAUGGAGGCUUUGGAGACUUUUCGAAGUGACAUCAUGGAUUUAUACACCUCUCCACGGUUGAGUGAACCUGUGUGGCAGAGCAUGAUGUCACAUCCCAGCUACCGCUACCAGAUCUGUGAGAAUUUUAUGAAGGAAUUGGUAACACUCAUCAACAAGUUUGACAGCAAAAAUAAUGAAUUUUUUAUGAGUACCCUUGUCACAGCAGUGUUGACACAUCAUCUGGCAUGGGUUCCCACAGUAACCCCAGCAGGGGGAACUCCCUCCAAGACCUACCUCCACAAUCAUUCUGCAAAAUGGUUGGACACAUUAGCAAAGACCCAUCCUUACAAUCCACUCUGGGCUCAGUUAGGGGAUAUGUAUGGUGCUAUUGGCUAUCCACUGAAAAUAGCCAGGACAAUUAUUGUAGGAAAAAAGGCAGAUCUUGUCAAAAAAAUUCUGUACAUAUUGAGUUACUUCAUUCGCUGUAGUGAUGUCCAUGAGAAUGGUGAAGUCGGAACACUAGAGUCGUUUCUAGAUGAUGUUUGCAUGGAAUCUCCAGAGGAAGAUAAAACUCCCGUCCAUGAGGGUUUUAAGUUUCCCUCAGUCCCUGACGAGAAAUUACAAACAGGGUUUCAUAUAAGCAAUUCUGUGAUAUUUAACACUAGUUCACCUGAAGUUCAAAACAAUGUAGAAAUCAAAAAGUGUGUUGAUAGGAGUGAUCUGAAAUUAGAUGUCCACAGUCAGCAUAGCUCACAAAGGAACAGUAACGAGACGGAAUCGUCAGAGAUGAACCAGGACGAGGGAUACUGCUCCAUUGUGCAGUCUGACGAGAGUGAGAAGAUCAGGUGUAGGUUAUCAACGGACUGUGUGGUGGAAAAUGUUCCUGUUGAAAAUGUUAUGAAUGUGAACAGAGCCGCAGUUAGUAGGACUAGUGAUGUGAAUGAGAAACUCGUAAAACCUGCCAAAUCUAGUUCUGUGCUUUCAUCUAAGGUUAGUAACAGUAAUGAUAUAACAGUGGAAAAGAAGCCAUCAACAGCUGACAUAAAGCACCAGUUUCUGUCAGAUAGAAGUAAUAGUAUGUUUAAUGAGUAUUUUGAGGAUGACAGUAUAGUGACAAAAACAAUUGAUGAUGUGCCGCUAGACAAGCGAGUCAUUCACCCGGCAAUGAGGGAUAUUGUCAUGUCCCAGUCACUAGAAUGUUUAACAGAAUCCUCUGACAAUGACACACAUCAGAGGCGACUUGGGUCAGUGGGACAGUCUGCCAGGCCCAAAUUAUCCCCUCUCUCCAGGCAGAUGAGUUCAGAUUUCUCCAAACCCUCCACCUACAAUCCCGGUCGCUGCAGGUCUGUAACCCCAACAGAAUUGAACAGGCGCCGUCAUCUCUCCUCAACAAGCAGUUUUGAUUUUGAUCACAUGGAUCCACUUGUUCACUUCAAAGAACUUCCAAUGCCAAGCAUUAGUAGUGAGAGGAAUAGCAGCAUUAAAAUGUUUGAUAGGAACUUUGGACGGUCCCUUCUUGCCGAGUAUUCUGACCAUUAUUUAUCUAAUUUUGUCCUGCAUGGUACAUCGGACAACAACUUUAAAGAGAAACUUAUACGUGAUCUCCACAUGGCAACUCAGCACUCCGUGUUAGAUGAGCCAAUAACAGAGGCUGUGUUUAUAGUAGCUGAUACAGACAAAUGGUCUGUGGACAUUACCAGCAGUAAGUCACCAGACCAGCCUCCGAAAGUUAGUCGUGUGGUGGCCUCUCAACUUGUGUGCAAUAUGAUGGACGCUGUUCAACAGCUACACCGCCUCAAAAUGAGUUCCGAAUUUUGCUUAAUGCAUCUAGAAGACAGGCUACAGGAAAUCUAUUUUAAGAGUAUUAUGCUGGCCGAGUACUUAAGAGAGAGUAAAACCCCGGGUCAGUGUGACAUCAAGGAAAUGACCAAAUUACUCGGAUUUGAUAAUGGAGAUUUGCCAUUACUGGUGGCCAUUGCAGGGACACACUCUCCCCAACUGACUCUGGGAGACCAGUGAUCAGGACCCACCCAUGCCAAACACCCCUCACAUAUCAGGCAGCAGGAGUGAUUUAGAAUCGGUUUAACCCACGUUCCUAGGAAGCUGAUCUCAGAUGUGUCCAGAUUUAAUAUAUCAUUAGUUUUAUUUAAUUUCAGGGUGUUCAGUUAAUGAUACUGGUGCCAUAAUAAAUAUACAUAAAGGGAAUGAACAUGUAAUUUAAUUUAAAAGAUGGGGAAUAAGAAAAAAAAAGAAACUAGUAAAUCAGGGAUUUUUAUGCCAAUAAUUUGUGAUAUAUUUUGUUUGGAUUGUUAAUUUCCUUUGUGCUUUAAUUUAGCAAAUAGGUUUUAAUAAUUAUGGACUGAUUUAAGCACAGAAACUUCAUUGAUUGAUUUAAACUUGUAUACAAGUAGAUGCAACCUGCAUGCUUCUGCCUAUUCAGUUAUCUGUACUUACAUUGUAUGUGUAAUUGCAAAUAAACAUUGAAGCUUAAAGCUGAGCCAGUAUUUUUUGAUGUCAAGAUUUAUGUAUCAAAUAAAAACUUGAAAUUUGAA